UGUCUUUGGAUGGAUCAUAAAGUUCUCUUUUAUCAGUUGUGUGAGGCUUUGGUAACACUUCUGAUUUAAUUGUGUGAAACAUUCUGAGUCAUGCUGUGCUGAAAAUUCAAGAAUUAAUUAAGGAAAUCCUGACUGCCAGAUGCCAGUGCAAAGGGAAUAACGCUUCCUGCAGAAUUUCAGACUAGGGAGAAACACUGGAAUUUAAUCAGAAAUAACUGAGAAGGAGGACCGAGCUCAGCCACUGCCAACACGUGGGAUUUAGAGGAAAUCAGUUGGAGAAAGAAACAAAGGACAGGGCUACACAACAGGAGGAGUGUGGUGGGGGGAGGAGCCCACAGAAGAUAAGUGUGGUGAAACCAAAGAAGAGUGCUGACCUCUCCCUGCUGAUGCGCAAUGUCUGUCCAGCUGUGUGAGCUUCUGGUUCUCUGCCUGACUGUCACAUAUUGUGGUGGUAUGUUCCCUGGGAACCAUUGGGGUGAAUGGAAUGACUCUCAGCUUCAGCCAACAAUUCAAAGGCUCAUGAAAGGAUACAACCGCUACCUCAGGCCUAACUUCAAUGAGGGUCCUGUGGAAAUUGGAAUGAGCCUUGAUAUUGCCAGCAUUGACGCCAUCUCUGAAAUCAACAUGGACUACACUGCAACUAUCUUCCUCCGUCAGCGCUGGCGGGAUUCCAGACUAGUGUUCCCUGGAAAUGAGAGCGUGAGCGUGGAUGGGCGCCUGGUGUCUCUACUCUGGAUCCCUGACACCUUUAUUCCAGACUCCAAGCGUUCCUUCCUGCACGACGUCACAGUGGAAAACCGCCUCAUUCGUAUCUUCAGCAAUGGAACCGUUCUAUAUGCUCUUCGCAUCACCGCAACAAUUGCCUGCAACAUGGACCUGACCAAAUACCCUAUGGACAAACAGGUGUGCACCCUGCAGCUGGAGAGCUGGGGCUAUAACAUCCAGGAUGUGGUGUUCUACUGGACCAGAGGGAAUGAUUCAGUGAAGGGUUUAGACACACUGCGGCUGGCUCAGUACAGUGUGGAGAGCUACUAUACAUCAGUGUCAGAGGCUGUAUAUGAAACAGGACAUUACCCCAAGCUGGUCUUGCACUUUUCUCUGCGUAGAAACGUCUUGUUCUUUAUCUUGGAGACGUAUGUUCCUUCCAUUCUACUUGUGGUCCUCUCCUGGGUUUCUUUCUGGAUCAGUCAGUCCUCUGUACCAGCUCGAACCUGCAUUGGAGUUACAACGGUUUUGACAAUGACCACUUUGAUGAUGGGUGCCCGCACUUCCCUGCCAAAUGCCAACUGCUUCAUAAAGGCCAUAGACGUCUAUCUGGGCAUCUGUUUCACCUUCAUCUUUGGUGCAUUGCUGGAGUAUGCCUGUGCUCAUUUUUAUACCAUGCAGCACCAAACCAUAGAGGAUUUACACAGGGAACUUCUGAGGGAAUUCAGUGAGUCUAAUGGAAAUGGCUCGAUCCCUAUUGUCAGCUCCAGCCAACCGAACCAGUCUGUGGAGAUUGGCUCUACUGCAGAGGAGCCCGCGGAGGACUCUGUGAACAGUGACAUUCAAAACCAUACCACAUCUAAGGAGAAGGUACCAAGUCAGGGCUGUGGUUUGUCAUUAGUGAAGGAUGCAUCUCGCAAGGUGGCGUCUGUCUUUGUUGUAGAAAACCCACACAACAUUGACCGGCAUGCCCGCACCGUCUUCCCUACAGCUUUUUUCUUUGUCAACAUCCUGUACUGGCUGUAUUAUCUUUUUCUCUGAGUACCAGUUUCAGGCUACAGAAAAAGUUGCUCUCACCAUCCUGAAGCUGGUCUACCUCCUCAUUGGAGCUCCAGUAUCAGUCGACGGUGCCUGGAUCUGAACUGAUUACAUAUAACCGUUUUUCUAAAACACAGAUCAAAACUUUUCACAGCUUCAAAUCGGUGAGAUGGAGUUAGUCAGGACUACACUCUGCUCUGUAAUGAAAGGCAUUAUUGAUUAUGUAUGAAUUAAUGGCUCUCAAUAUAUAAGCAUGUGGGAAUGGUGAUAGUUUUUAUUACCUACUAAAAAUCUAUAGAUCCUAUAAGGCAUGAGUUAACUCGCUCUAAACAAUAUUCUGCCUGAAAUACUGUGCUGCAGUAAAAUGCCUUUAUAAAACGGCUCAUAUGUGUGUGCUUUUUCUCUCGCUUUUAGUUGUGAUACAAUGUUUGUAUGUAAAAAUACAUUGUAAGUUUACUUCACACUACUAUGUGCAAUUAAAAUAAU